UGUAUAUAUUGGCCCUUGAUCAAAAUGUACUUCUCUCAAGCAAUUCAACUUAGACUUUACCAAGUUUUCAUAUAUUCAAUGCCAAUACUCUUCUCCAUAACUUUUUUUUCUUUUGCUUAGCAUAUUCUACACAAAGAGGAAACCAUCCAUGGCCUCAUAAUACCCUUUUGCAACAGAUAAAUUUUAAUUUAAGCUGCCUUCGAAUCAUCAAUCUCUGUCCAUGGAGUUUUGUGCUUUGAAAAACUGUGAGACUAAGCCAAAGUCUUUCGGCUUUAAAUAACUUCGAAUUAGUCAUGUAAUUACAGUGUUUCUUUAGCUGAGUUUGCAGUUAUUUGAAGUGUUGGCUUAUUUGCAGCAAAGAACAUGAUGAAAAAAAAAAAAGCUAAUGAAAAAUAAUCUUGAAUAGAUAUAAACGAACAUGCAUAGUCAAAUAGAUAUAUUCACAUUUAGGCCUCGUAAACGAACAUGAAUCAAUAUCACAAUUGAUUUACAACAGAAUACAAAAUUGCAAAUAUCUUUUACAAAUGCAAGUAGAAAAUAUAAAACUAUUUGGUUUAAUUGGAUUCGAAUACAACUUACAAGUCUACUUGUUACUCCAAAUGAGAGGAAGGAAUUUAUUAAAAGAAAAGGGGGAAAAAGGACAAAUUAGAAAACAAAAGAACAAACCAAAAAAAAAUCUGCUCCGUCUCUCACUCCAACCAUUAUUCCUUAACCAUAGAAUAUAAAGUUUCCAGAAAUUACCAACUGAUUUAGCAAUCAAGCUGUGAUGCAAGUUUCCGGUGUGUUGCCGGAUGUCUCGGCGAUUCUGACGUCGGCCGGCGGUUGCCGCUCGCAGGAACUGAAGCAUUUCGCCUCGUUCUUUGAUGGCAAGCACUUCCUCUCUCCAGGAUUACCUAAAAAUUGCUUAUUUCCGCCAAACCAUAAGUUAGAGGUUGGGUCAGAGAAGCUGAGAACAAGAAGUUUUAUGGUGAGAGCCUCUGGAAAUUAUAGCGGUGAUUUUAUUACAGUACCUCCUUUGAAGCUGGAGUCCUCAGUUGGUGAGCUUUUGGCUCAAAUUCAGCAAACCCAUCCACAUCUACUUUUGGCAUCUGCCGAACAGCAGCUCGAGAAUCUUCAAAGUCAGAGGGACGAUCAAAAGGAGGCAAAUGCAUUACCAGCCCAGGAUUUCCUCCUCUAUGAGAGAAUAGCCAAAGUGAAAGAGAAAGAACGCCGCAAAACGCUCGAGGACAUCAUGUAUUGCCUAAUCGUACAAAGAUUCCUCGACAACCGAAUAUCCAUGAUCCCCAAAAUAACCCUAACCACCGAACCUUCCAGAAGGAUUGACCUCUGGCCAAACCAAGAACAUCAGCUCGAAUCCGUGCACUCACCCGAGGCAUUCGAGAUGAUAACGAGCCACCUGGCACUCGUGCUUGGCGAGCAAGCCGUGGGCCCCCUCGACACAAUCGUCCACGUCAGCAAAAUCAAGCUCGGAAAACUGUACGCGGCCUCGAUCAUGUAUGGGUACUUCCUCAGGAGAGUCGACGAGAGGUACCAACUCGAACGAUCCAUGGGCACACUUCCCGAGGGCUUUGGCGAAGAAGAAGAAGAAGAACAGGCGUUUAGACUUGACGAGCCUUUGUCCGAAAAAAAGCAGUUGUGGGACCCGGAUUCUUUAAUACGGAUCUACCCGGAUGAUGAUGACGUGGCGGGGGUAAGGGAUGAAGGAGAAAAAAAAUCGUACAAGCUGAGAUCGUACGUGACGUAUUUGGAUGGGGAGACACUGCAAAGGUACGCGACUAUGAGGUCAGGGGAAGCAGUGUCUUUAAUCGAGAGGCAGACACAGGCGUUGUUCGGGAGGCCAGAUAUUAAGGUGAGUGAAUAUGGGUCUUUGGAUGCUUCUAAUGACGAGGCUGUUUCGUUAAGGGUUUUGGGGCUCACGAUGCUUGUGCUUGAGGCGGUUGCGUUCGGGUCGUUUUUGUGGGAUAUGGAGAGUUUUGUUGAGGCCAAGUAUCCGUUUGUUAACAGCUAAAGAGGUACUAUAUAUGUUGUUGAUUUUUCUUUUUAGUUGGUUUUUUUGUUGCUUUGUAGAGAAAGGGAGGUAUUUUCAGGUUUUGAAAGUACUGUGCUUUGUCGAAACGUGUGAUUUGUGUUACGUGAUAGGGGGAUUAAUUAGUAUAAUUGCGAAUCUGUUGAUCUUUUAUUAUUUCUCCUAUUCAAUUUGGUUACAAAUAUGUUUUACUUAUCUGUGUUAUUUCGUUUUACAACGCUACUGUACUGCCUUUAUGAAUGUUCUUG